AUGAUUUUAAAAUUAUAUCUGAAUGCAGUAUUCAUACUCAUUUUUCAGGCGUUGCGUGCAGAUGGCUUGCGAGGAGAGAUCAUUCUCAAGGGUCUUGAUCGCUCUAGAUUGAAUCACCUGAUCGAGAUCGGCAAGAGAACAGGUCGGAUGAAGGAAGACCGAAAAGAAGAUAGGAAGGAGGAUCGGAAGGAGAGGAGUGAUAACAACUCGGAAAAGCGUAAGGACAAAAAAGAAAAGGAAAGAAAGACAAAGGAUAAACCGACUGUUGAUGAAUUGGAUGCGCUACGGCGAGAAAAGGAGUCCAGCGCUAAAAGCAGUCCCUGCAUGCCGCGCGCAUCCAGCUCUCAAUCUCAUGACUCUGGUGACCAUCCUCAAGUUCAUCGCCCGUCGUCAGUUGUCGGUAGCAACCCGUCGCGAAGCAGUUUCGAGUGUGCUGCGCCGGAAUGUAUGCCAGCGAAACCCUCGCGACCAGUGAAGCCGGAAGAGGGCAGCACUGAAAAAUUGUACGAUUUCUAUCAAUCGAUAGGAAAAUCACGAAAGCGCAAAGGUGACGCUGAGAGCGACAAGGUCGCUAAAAUGAUAUUCUACCUCGAUGCAACUGUAUAUUUUAUUUUAUCGGCAAAACAUUUCACAUCACAAGAAUCGCCAGAGGUUCGCUGUAACAAACAGUACUCAAUCGUACGCGACACGAAUGAUCUGAUCAAAAGGGUAACUCAAGCCUUUUGUGCAGUAUCAGAAGGAUGUUCUCCUUGGCAUAUGCAUAUGUUAUCUCGAAUACGUAAUCUCAGUUCACGCUGUCAAGCCUGUUUACUGUAUCACAUGUACAACUUCAGAUCUCAAAACGCUAUAAAGUCUUACGGAAUGCUCAUGAACAUGGAUUCACAGAUCCAGGAAGAGAGACAUCAGUCACAGAAUGGCGCAUCAGCCACCACAUCUUCUUCGCCUGGCAGUAGUGUUCACUCCAAUUCGAAUCAGUCGGUGACCUACGUAACAAUGCCUAGCAGAGUCUACGACCUACAGAAGCAACAGCUGAAAACGCUCCAUCAUCUGAUGUGGGCUCAUCGAGUCUGGCAUGACGCUGCUAAACGUGCCGAGGUCAGCAGUUUGGAUACAGCGUUUAUCUCUGGAUUGGAAAAGGUGUGUGGUCACUUGUUUUUGGAUGCACCUCUCGAGAAAAUGUCUGCCUAUAUGCUAACUGCCAUCAGCUGGUUACGAGGAGAAUACGACAGAGAAAAAAAUCGAGCUCCACCUCCGAUAGCAAAACGUACCGGUGGUGUCUCCUAA